AUGCCGUCGUUUGCCAACGACCCGAAAACCAAAUUUUUCAUGCCCAUUUCCCAUAUUUAUGAUCCUAUCCAGACCUCUAACGACAGCGCCUUGGAUCGCGGUUUGUUUGCUUUCCUCGAAGCAACCAAUGGCAACGAGUACCCCAAUUCUAUUCCACUCUCCCCCUCGAUAAUGGGUAUCCCUUGGCCCAGCAAGUUUCCUGACUGCCGUCAAUGCAAGCACUGGGAAACGGCAGAACGCAUGACGAAAGAGCUCCUCCAUGCUAUCUAUCAGAACUACAAGCAGGCACCGCAGGAUGACGGCAAACUCCCCAUCGAUUUACGAAAAGCCUCUACCAAUAAACGAGCACUCAAAGAGAGAGAGCUGAUAGCCACGGCCGUCAAAUCCACAGCUUACAUGUUUCCCGACGCCAGUCCCGUCAGAGCGGGAAUGAUAGCGCAGUCUAUGCUGCUUAUCUUCUUGCACGAUGAUGUCGUCGAAGAGUCCCCGGUGGACGCAGGCUCUACAAUCACAGACGCCAUCAUGGCCCCCUGGAUCGGCACCCAGGAUGAAAGCGCACAGCAUCCUCUGCACGGCUUCUUAAAAGCAGUCAUCGACGAAGAACCCAUUCUAGGGAAAAAUCUCCUCGACGGGGCGUUCGCCUGGAUCAAACACACAAAAGGCUACCAAUCAAUCCCACCUACCGUUUUCGAUUCCCUGAGGAAUUAUCUGGACUAUCGAGCUGUAGAUAUCGGGCGCGAAUUACUCCUCGCGCAAGCCGCAUUCGCAUGCAAUGCCCACCUGUCCGAACCGGAAAUGAAAGUCUUCGAUAAGCUCAUCGGUCUCUAUUCCGACCACAUCUCUCUAACCAACGACCUGUACUCGUUCGACAAGGAAUACAAUGAUCAUUGCAGAACCGGUGCGGUCCUUAUCAACGCGGUUGAUGUCGUGCGGAAGGUCCACCGAGUCUCCGAGUCCAUAGCAAAGCAGCUCGUUCGCGAAUCUAUUCUCGAAAUGGAAACUGAGUUUUCCGAGGAAUUCAAAAGAUUGAAGCUGUCGGGGGAGCUGUCUGAGGGUCAGCAACGGUUUGUGGAAGCGUUGACUCUGUGUCUUGUUGGACACAUCUUUUACUCGGCGACAUCGGGUCGAUAUGGGGGUGCAACUGCUGCUCGUUAA